AUGGCUCUGGACAGUUUCUUCCACAACAAGAUUGAGAGCAUGAAGCUCGAGAUCAUCCAAGGCCAAGCCGUCCUACGAAGAUUAGAAGCUCAGAGAAAUGACUACAACUCGAGAGUUCGUCUUCUGCGAGAGGAGCUUGGUUUAUUACAGCAGCCUGGAUCAUAUGUUGGUGAAGUGGUGAAGGUUAUGGGUACGAAGAAGGUCCUGGUCAAGGUGCAUCCAGAAGGCAAAUACGUCGUCGAUAUCGCCGAUAGUGUCGACAUCUCUAAGCUCACCGUUGGAAAGCGAGUGACACUUCUAUCCGAUUCCUACAAGCUCGAAAAGAUGCUGCCAUCCUCCGUCGACCCACUGGUGUCCCUCAUGAUGGUAGAGAAGGUUCCGGAUAGUACAUACGAUAUGAUUGGUGGCUUGGAUCAACAGAUUAAGGAAAUCAAGGAAGUCAUCGAGCUCGGCCUGAAGCAUCCAGAACUCUUCGAGUCGCUCGGCAUAGCGCAACCUAAAGGAGUUCUCCUCUAUGGACCACCAGGAACCGGAAAGACCCUGCUUGCCAGAGCUGUGGCACAUCAUACAGACUGCAAAUUCAUUCGGGUUUCAGGUUCGGAGCUUGUGCAGAAAUACAUCGGCGAAGGUUCAAGAAUGGUUCGUGAGCUGUUUGUUAUGGCCAGAGAACAUGCUCCAUCAAUCAUCUUCAUGGACGAAAUCGAUUCUAUCGGAUCUUCUCGUGUUGAGGGCUCUUCUGGCGGUGACUCUGAGGUCCAGCGUACUAUGUUGGAAUUGCUGAAUCAACUGGAUGGAUUCGAACCAACGAAGAACAUCAAGGUCAUUAUGGCUACGAAUCGACUGGAUAUUCUGGACCCAGCUCUUCUGCGACCUGGUAGAAUCGAUCGAAAGAUUGAGUUUCCACCACCAACUGUCGAGGCUCGAGCAGAUAUUCUCCGAAUCCAUAGCCGAAGCAUGAACCUCACUCGUGGUAUCAACCUAACCAAGAUCGCAGAGAAGAUGAAUGGAUGUUCAGGAGCUGAGCUGAAGGGUGUCUGCACAGAGGCUGGUAUGUACGCUCUGAGGGAAAGAAGAGUUCACGUCACACAAGAAGAUUUUGAUCUAGCCACAGCGAAGGUCUUGAACAAGCACGAUGAUAAAGAAACGUCGCUGAGCAAGUUGUGGAAGUAG